AUGUUGGAGGCUUUAGGUGAUAAUCCCUAUUUUUCAGCAGGUUUUGGCCUAGCUGGAAUCGGUCUAGGCAUUACAAUGUUGAGGAAAGGAUUGCAAGGAAGUUUAGUACUGGCCAAACGAAAUCUAUUGCGAACACUUGAAGUUACCAGUAAGGAUCCAAGUUACCCAUGGGUUUUGCAAUGGAUUACUGAGCAAGGCAGCAAAACUCAACAUGUUACUGUCCAAACCAAAUCGAUUCAACUAGCUAAUGGACGUUUUAGCACAGAAUUUUCAUAUUCACCUUGCCCUGGUAGACAUUUCAUCCGUUAUAAAGGCAAUUGGUUAAGUGUAGAACGAAUACGAGAAAAGCAAAUGCUUGAUCUAACAAAUGGUGUGCCAUUCGAAACGGUCACUUUCACAGCUAUUGGAAAAGAUUUGAAAUUAUUUGAGAACUUUUUAUACGAAGCUAAACUUAGAGCGGAGUCAUUAAAUGAAGGCAAGACUGUAAUUUAUACUAGCUGGGGCACAGAAUGGAGACCAUUCGGUCUUCCAAGGCUCAAGAGAAAUAUCAAGUCUGUCAUCUUACAAGAUGGACUAGCUGAAAAAAUCAUGGAUGAUAUUCACGAUUUUUUAACAAAUACAAACUGGUAUCGUACAAGAGGGAUCCCUUAUCGACGUGGUUAUUUACUUUAUGGGCCACCUGGAAGUGGAAAAACUAGUUUUAUAACUGCUGUUGCUGGUGAAUUAGAUUAUAAUAUUUGUAUCUUAAAUCUCUCACAGCGUGGCUUGACGGAUGAUAGUCUGAUUCAAUCGCUUAGUACGGUUCCACAUCAAAGUAUUGUACUCCUGGAAGAUAUUGACGUGGCAUUCAUGAAAAGAGAUGCUGCUAGCGUUGCAAAAGGCUUUGUAACGGGUGUAACCUUUAGCGGCUUAUUGAACGCUCUUGAUGGUGUGGCGUCAUCGGAACAGAGGCUAGUUUUUAUGACCACAAAUCAUAUCGAUAGACUAGAUCCAGCCCUUAUUCGUCCAGGACGUGUCGAUAUGAAAUGCUAUCUUGGCGACGCAGAUGCAAAUCAAAUGGUUCGAAUGUUUAAUAGAUUCUUUCCCGAUAGUGGAGAAUUGGCAAAUACGUUUGUCAAAAAUGUCACCUCUGCAAAGAAGAAUGUUAGCAUGGCUGCACUUCAAGGAUACUUAAUGUGCUACAAGAACGAGCCGGAAAUGGCCGUCAAAAACGCGAAUGAAAUAUGA